UCGAGAAUUUUCGUCUUAACUUUUUUUUUUCUUUCUUUUUUUUUUUUUUUACUUCAAAACGAAAACGUCGUAACGAAGGUUGAGAAGUAGCAAAGGGGGGAGGGGAUUUUUUAAAAGAUUAUUGAAAAUUGUUGUUUAAAAAAAUAAAAUGUUGCAGUUGUGUAUUUGACAGAUUAAAUUAUUAAAUUAAAUCGUAUUUGGUAUUGAAUUAUAUAUAAUUUUAAAAACGUUUCGUUGAUUUGUCUAAGAUCAGAAAAAUAAAAAAAAUAAAAAAAUAAAAAAAAUAAUAAAAAGAAAAAAAAAUAAGAAAAAAAGAAAAUAGAACAAAAAAAAAAAGAAAGAAAUUCAUAAUGAGAGCUCAUAUGUGCGGCGUGGAUUGGUCGAUCAACAACGUGUGCGAGUUGACGGGUCUCGAUGGAGAAUGAUAGUUCAACGGAUAACACGGAUAUCUGUUGAAGAGGAUCCUUUCGCAACAUCUACGAUCGGAGGAUACAUCUCCAGAAGAGAUUUCUGAUUAUCGGAAUACGAGUUACGGGUCGAAGGAAUCAUUGAGCAGCCAUGAACUUUGCGCUGCAUGGACUUCUACUACAGGCUUUCUUGUCAGUUUUGAACUUCCGGCAUGGCUUACCUCCGUGCAGCGCAAGUGAAGCUAUCAAGUACUUGGAUUUCCAUAAUCUGCCGGAUACUAACUUUUCGUGCCAAGGAAAAGUGAUUGGUGGUUAUUAUGCGGACAUCGAAACUGGAUGUCAGAUGUUUCAUGUAUGCACAAUCGGUCAGAAAGACGAGAUUAUGGAUAUAAGGUUCCUUUGUUUGAAUGGAACCAUCUUCGAUCAAGAGACUAGAGUCUGCGAACGUGUCGACGAAGUUGAUUGCAGCAAGAGCGAACAGUUUUAUAAUCUUAAUUUGGAGCUCUAUGGAAACAAUGCCGUCACUUUUGGCUUACAUGAGAAUGAAGAAGAAGAUAAUCCCUCAGAAUCCGUGGAAAAUAGUCAACGUACUACCUCUGCACAUCCUACCGGUGGCACAACAACAACAACAACAUCACGACCAAGUAAACCAUCAACAACAACAGCUAGAGGUUCAUAUUCAACUGGAUAUCCACAGCAACAAUUUAGACAAGGAUAUCAUCAUCAAUACAUUCUUCACAAUGAUGAUAGAAAUGAUAAUCAAGCAACUUCCUAUCAAUUGUUUAGUAAUCAAGGUGUUAGUUCAACAACUGUACAAGAAGUACCUCAAGCUCAUCAAAUUAGAUUCAGUUCAACUGCAAAUCCACAAAUCAUUCGUAAUGAACAAUCAACCAUAUCACCGAUCUAUCAUAUCACAUCUUCGACUAUCCAAACAUUAUUGGAUAGAAAUCCGAGCAAUUCAGCAUUGAUUAAUCCAAUAUAUAAUAAUCAUGGAAUUGUCAGCACUACGGAAUCAUUUAAUGUGCAUAAUCCUAGAGAUACGUCAGAGUAUCGUGACAAUGAACAUCGUAAGCAUCCUUUAGAAGCUAUACAAUCAACCAAUCAAGGAAAGGUAUCAAAAUUAACAAUAUCACCAGUACCUUCUCAAGAGGAACCAAAAGAUAGUCAAGCUUCUCAACAACAAAGAAUUUCGUCGAAUUUUCUUCCUACUCCAGCUAGCGUGGAAACAACGAUUAAAUCAUUUUAUCCAACUCCAAGGACAUCACCGAAACCUUCAGUAUCAACAUCUUCUAAUGGUCAAAUUACUCAACAUAUUCACGUGCCACCUCCUAUUCCGGUUCCACAAUUGAAACCGCAUCAUAUCACUAUAAAUCUACCACCACCGGAUAUUCAGAGGAUUAUACAAAACCCACCACCACCUUUGUUACCUUCCCAAUCUCGCGUCAUUGUUACUGCUAAAGCUAGCGUUAGCGAUGAAACAGGAAGACCACUUAACACUACACAAUUAGUGACUAUACCUCUUCCUACUAUUCCAGCUACUUAUGAUGAUUAUAAAGAAGGUGAUGAAUCCUUUGAUCCAUUUUAUCGCGAUGUACCUAAACUUCGCAAUCAUCGUCGUGCGGUUAUACGCAAAGUUAUUAAAAAUCAUAGAAGAAAAAGAUCAGUCAAGCAACUUGAUAAUCCAGCUAUUCGUAUCAACACGAAUCUUAAUUCAAGAGUUGUAAGUGUACAUCCAUUAAAUACAAAUUUAAGACAAUUAAGGCAUACUAGUAAAUUUGAUGAUACUCAAUUAAAAGAAGAUGAAACAAUUAAUAAAAAAAAUGUUAAACAAAGAUCUAUUAUUAAAAUGAAAAAUGAUCAUAAUGUUGAUGAUUCAGAAACGAAUGCUUCUUAUCACAUAAAUUUAAAUUCAGAAGAAGAAGAAAAGGAUAAUGAUGAUGAUGAUGAUGAUGAAGAAGAAGAAGAAGAUAAUGAUCAAGAUGAGAAAGUAUCUGAACAUGAUCAAAAAGAAUCAGAAGAAAAUGUUGAAUCUGGUAUAGAAAUAUUGGAUCUUAAUGAGUAUACAGAUUCUGAAACAGAUACAAAUGUAGAUCAAACAACUGAAUCAAUCAUACUGAUUAACAAUACUGAUACAAAUGGUAAUACCUUUGAAGUAACAUGGUUUACAGAUAAUAUUACUAAAACUGUAGAAAAUGCAGACUCACAGAUAAUUGCAUACAACAUUUCAGAUAAAUCCAAUAAAAAUAAAGAGGAAACAGAAAUUGACAUAAUUUCUGAUAUGAAAAAUGAUGAUGAUGGUAAUAAAAAUAUAGAUAAAGUGUCAUCGAGAAGUAAAAUCACCAAACCUGUCGACACUGUUACAGUUUCUAGUAUUUUGUCUACAAAUAAAAAAGAACAAAGUAAACAAGAACAAGUUUCUAAAUAUAAUGUAGAAGAUAAAGCAACAGAUGAUGAUGAUAAAGAUUAUAUGUAUGAUGAAGAAAAAGAUGAAAUGGAACAUAAUUCAGAUAAGAUAGAUAAAACAUCUAAUAAUGAGAAAAUAAUAGAAGAUUUAAUUACAACUACUGAAAUUGAUAAUUCUAGAACUGAUACUUCAACGAAAAAACUUCAUUCGAGAAUAUCUAGAAAAAAAAUGUCUGCAAAACGGAAACAUCAGAAAGAAAAUGAUAGUAUGAUUGAAAUGAUUGAUCCUGAAAAUACUGAAGAACGAGUCUCGACCAAUACAUCUACCUCUAAUUUGGAAACAGAAAUUAAAGAACCAGAUAAUCAUGAUUCGAAUAAAUCAGAUAAACCAGAAGUAAAAGAAAUGGAUACUGUGAUAAAGUAUAGUUCUAAAUUUGCAAAAGAUUUAACAUCGAAUAAAGAAAGUGUUGGUAGAAAACGUACACAAAUUAACAACGUAGUCAAAUAUGAAUCUGAAGAAAGGAAUGUAGAUAAUUUAGGAAAAGUAAAUAAUUCUAGUAAAUAUCAAUUGAUGAACGAUCAGGAAGCAUUAGAAUCAUCUAAUGAAAAUAUUGAAAAUAAGACAGAUGAAUUGAAUACGUUUGUAAGCAAUAUAGAAACUACAGAACCAAUUAAUGUUUCUUUAGAACAUUUUGAAGAAAAAGUAGAUAUCAUUGAUAAAAAAAUCAAUUCUUAUACAAAAGAGAUUUCGGUUGAACAAUAUCAAACUACGAAUGAUGUAUCGACGACCAAUGGUAAGAAUAAAAAAUUGGAUAAAACUUUGAGCGAAAAUUCAGAUGACAACGAUGACGAUGACGAUGACGACGAUGAAAAUGAUCGUUUAAAAAAUAAAAAACGUUUGCAAGAAGAAGAAGAAAGAUCGAAUUUAGAAGAAAAUUAUUCGUUGGAAAAAAUUUAUCAUAAAAGUAAACAUAAAAAUGUAACGCACGUUGACGAACAAGAAUUUCAUCAAAUGCAUGAACAUUCUACGAUGGAAAAUUUAGAAAGUAUAGUUUCAAACGACGAUUUUCCUGAAUAUGAUUAUUCUAUGAAUGCAUCAGAUUAUGAUUGGGAUAAUUUAUACGACUAUACUGAAUCUGAUGACAUAGAAGAUGUUACCACUUUGAUAGAAUCUGACAAUCACGAACAAAUAACGGAAUCAUAUGAAACUGUAACUGAAUCUGUUGGAGUGAAAGAUUUUAAAACAGUUGAACAGGAAGACAGUACAACGGGUGUUCUGAAAUUUAUCGACGAGUUACCAAAUAUUAAUAAAACGGAAAGUAGUACGGAAAAAAAAAUAGUUUCUGUUGAACCUUCUGAACAAGAUUAUGUUGACGAUAAUUACGAGCCACUUAACUACAAGGAACAAGAAUCUAUGGUUAAUACUGAAAAUCCAAGUGAUGAUAAGAUUGAAAAAGAUAUUAAAGUUGUAACUGUCGAUGAAAAGUUAUCAGAUAAUGCAGAUGACAUUAAAACAGAUGAUAUUAAAUUAGAGGAAGACAAAUCAAUGCAAGAAAAUGUUAAAGAAUUUGACAAAUUUGUUGAAAAUAAGGAACAACAUUUGACUACUACAUCAACUUCAAAGACCACGUUAGAGACAAUAACUUUAUCCACAUUGAUAUCAUCAACAUUACCACCGAGUACAUUAUCAGCAACAUCUUUGCCACCAAUUACAACUUUGCUAACAACAACGACAGUUCCAACAACGAUUGUACAAACGACUGUUCCAACAACGAUUGAACAAACGACUGUUCCAACAACGAUUGAACAAACGACUGUACAAACAACUGUUCCAACAACAACUGUACCAACUACAACUAUACCAACUACAACAACAACCACAACUCCCCGUUCUGUACCUAAUCUGUUCAAACCAUUUUCACUUAGAAAAAAUUACAAUUACAUUCCUCCAACAACAACACCUAAUCCAGUAAUCAUUAAAACUAGAUUGCCUUUGUUUAAUCCAAAACCAGCCAAACCACCUAAAUCUUAUAACGAAUUAGUACCAAAGCCAGUUAUUAGAAAACUUACUUUACCAACUCGAAGACCACCCACUACCACAUCUACAAGUACUACAAAAAGAAGCGAAGAAUUAAAUAAUAUUGAAAGCACAACAAGCGCUAUGGAAAGAAGCGAAGAAUUAAAUAAUCUUGAAAGUACGACAAAUGCUAUGAAAAGAAGCGAAGAAUUAAAUAAUAUUGAAAGUACGACAACAAAAAUGUUAGAUAAUUUAAACGUAACUCAGAUUCUUACUUUAUCUACUGAUAGUAAAGAUUCACAAUCUUUGAAUUCAAAUAUUGAAAAUUUCACUUCGUAUCCUUUGUCAAGAUUAUCAACGCUUUCCAUAGCAGCAGUAGGUGUUACUUCUUCUAGUAGUGAUACAAGUAACAUUUCAGAUACUACAGAAACAAGUACAAGUGAUACGGAUAUAACAAAUGAAGAUAUCAUGGAUGUUUCAACCAUACCAACAAUUAUUCCUACUUUAACAGAAAAGGAAUAUACGGAUAAAAAUAAGCAUACAGAAACUAAGGAAACUACAACUCCCAUUAGUACUAGCUAUUAUCUUCAUGAUAUAACAGUUGCCACAACAACUGAAAAUAUACGUUCAAUAAAUCAUCCAAUAUCAACGCCUAGUACAACUCUAAUUGACAGAAUCGAUAAAAUUCCAUCAUUCGAAUCAACUAAGCGAUUGAAAGACAAAUCUUUCUCUAUUUCUAAAAUCUAUGGCAGUUUUAAUUGUUUGGAAAGAGAGAUGUAUAGAUUUUAUGGUGACAUGAGAGACUGCCGGUUGUUUCAUUAUUGUUCUCCCGGUUUUACUUCAAAACAAGUUUUAGAUUUUCGCUUUGUUUGCGAAGAAGGUACUAUGUUCGAUGAAGAAAGUCAAAGUUGUCGACACGAUAUUAAAAGUACCAAGUGCCCUAAUAGACUGUGGUAAAAUAAGAAAAACAUUGUCAUUUGUUUGAUUUAUGUUUUCUUUAUCGUCAAUAUUUCUCCGUCCCAUAUUAUCUUGUGCUAUUGAUUUUAAUAAUUAGUGAAUCCUUAGGACUCCUUUAAUAUAUUUAUAAUUUUAAUUUAAUACACGUAAGAUCCCUCUAGAAGGAGAAUCCUUCUUCUAAGCAUUAGCCAUAACUGUGAGUAAAUGCGUUGGAUUCACACUUAUUAAAAUUAAUGCUAUCUCUGAUAUAUAUGUAAUAUGCGUUUAUAAAUUAUAUAUUAUCGUAAUGAAGAAAAACAUCAUAUCAAAUUAAAGAUUUUCAACAAGUGAUAUACGUAAUACCCAUUUUAAUGAGAUUUUUACUCGACUUUUUGAUUGAGUAAAGUAUUCGUGAGAUUUUAGAUGUUAAUGACUGAAGGAUAUCGGUUCCUAUGCUGCAUAGGCAAUGGUUUGUAAAAGGAUGUAAAAUUGUUUAUAUUUGAUAUUUAUGAAUAUGCAAGUACAUGUGAUAACAUAAUUGCUUUAUUAAAAAAUACCGUUAUUUCUUUCAUAUCUUUUAUUUUCUUUUUUUUUUUCUA